UCACUUUGGCCGCUGACAAUGGCGGCCGCAACUUGGGUUCUGGGAUUCGGAUUAGCCGUGGCUCUGGCGGUGGCCACCGGAAAUGGUCCAGCACAGCAGCAGCAUCAAGUGGCCAACAGCAAGCAGUUGCAUCUUUGGCUUGAUUGCUCCUGCCUUCACUUCACCGAGCGGAAUGCCACCCAGUGGGGCAGGUUGGCCAUUAACGGCAGCCAGGCGAUGGGCGCCAAGAACAACUGCCUGAUGGUCUUCAUCGGCGGAAUGGACGACGAGCUGGUGGCCUUUCAGCUCGAGCGGUUGCAGCUGCGCCCCGGCUGCUUGGACAGCAUGGACGUCUUUCCCUAUUUGCGGGAGCCCGUCAUCGAGAACGCGACCCUGGCGGCGGACACCUUUUGCCAGCACAGCCGGAACCGCAGUGCCACGCCUAUUUAUAGCGCUGGCCGAUGGCUGGGACUGCGCCUCCGGUUCCAGCAGCCGCCCACGGACCUGACCCACUGGAACUUGACCCUCGCCGCCAGCUAUCGAUUUCUGAAGCGAGAUAACUUCCGGACGGAUGGUCGCUUGGUGCCGCACAGCUUUUGCGACUUCUACUUCUUCGCCAGUUUGUCCGGCGAGGGGAAUCUGGGCCAGGGUUACUUCCACUCGCCCCAGUUUCCCGCCCACUAUCCGGCGCACAUCAAGUGCGCCUACAAGUUCAUCGGUCGUCCGGGCACCCACGUGGAGAUCCUGUUCGAGGAGCAACUGCCGCCGGUGGCCAGCGGUGGCUGCCAGUUGGAUGCACUGACUCUGUUCGACGCCGAGUCCGUUAUGAGCUCGGUCAUCGAUGUGCUCUGCUCGAGCCGACCCACCCGUCGGAUGAUGAGUAGUGGCCCAGAUCUGCUGCUCGAGUUCAACGCCAGUUCCAAUCGCACGGCCAAGGGAUUCCGGGGAAAGUACAAGUUCGUGCCGAACGAGCCGGGAGUGCCGGAGCCCUCGCCCCCACCUCCGGCGGUCCUGGAGGCAGCCAGUGUGGCGGUGAAGCAGGAGAAGCUCCAGCAGGAGCAGGCGGUUCCGCCCAAGGCCAACAGUCUGCCGACGGACGUGGAACUGUCGAAGCCCGGACGCUCAUUUGAACAAUGCAAGCAGACUUUUGACUCACGAGUAAACAAAUCGGGUACGUUCGACUCCAAUCAGCUGUUGAUGGCGAAGCACGCUCUCGGCGCCGUUUUAAUUGGCGGCUCGAGAGUCCUCCAAUGCCGUUACGAAUUCGAAGCCCAGCCGCCGGAAAGGGUGCAGAUCCGAUUCCAUGACUUCAACGUGCCCACGGAGCACGAGAACUCCACCGGCUGCCAGCCGGGUGAUGCGCUUCACGUGGUCUCCGAGGUGCGUGGGCGGUACGAGACCCAGGAACUGCUGUGCGGCGCCUUUUUACCGAAGCCACUGAUGUCCAGCGGGUCGCAGAUGCACCUGCAAUUCGUCGGAAAAUAUCCGCCCGCCAUGACCAACAAGGUGCAGUACUAUGGAUUUCGGGCGGAGUACCGAUUCUUAACCAACUUUGGCAUCAUGUCCGGCGUCCAGCUGGAGGACUGCUCCUUUGUUUACAACAGCAGUGAGCGAAUUAGUGGUCUAUUUCACUCUCCCAAUUUUCCUGGGUUUUAUCUGGAAAAUGUGGUAUGCAAUUACUACUUCUACGGAGCCAGCGACGAGAGAAUUGUUCUGCAUUUCACCUAUUUCGAUAUAGAAGGGAUUGGAAAUUGUGACCACCAGACCGCCAGCGACUAUAUUGAGUUCUCCAAUUUUAUGAGCACGGAUCGAAAGUUUAGCAGAUACUGUGGAAAGCUGCCCGAUUUUGAAAUGCGUUCGGAUGGGCGCUUCUUUCGAGUCACCUUGCAUUCGAAUGAUCGCUUCGUGGCCAUCGGAUUUCGUGCCCUGUUUACCUUUGAAACCAUUCCGGUGAAUAACUCCGAUUUGCGAGAUAAUGCCUCCAUGCAAAGCUUCGUUUCAACAGCUUCAACACAGCCGGUUGUUAACACAACCAAAUUAAUUUUUUAUAUCAUAUGCAUUUAUAAGACAUACCAAUAAAAUGGUCAACCAAAGAUACAA